GAGGGGCACGGAGCUUGGGGAGGGGGGGAGGCAGGAAAGGGAAGUACACUUUCAGGUUCUCUUAGGCUCUGGUCUCCUCACACAUGCCCCCUUCCUCUUGGCUCAAGAGAAAUCACAUCCAACUUCCGGCAAUGCUCAGGGCUGGCACCCUUCCUGCCACCUCCAGCCUGGGUUCUCUUUUCUGGAAUUCCUAGAUCCUGCUGAACAUGUGGUUGGACUCUCAGGACACCAACUCUUGUUACGGCCCCCCAGGCCAGAGACAACGCACAUAAACUCUGUUAAAUGGAAGAUGAAGCAUGACUUAACUUCAGAAGCUUCCGUGAUACUGACUUGGAAGAAUGGGUCUGGUCCAAACUACGUACAACGGGCUUUGAAUGAUUUCAACAAUACGCUCAAUUUUACAACAGAGGACUUAGCUCUUCUCAUCAGGGCAUCUCAGCACAACCACAGCGGCCUCUACAUCCUGGAGGUGACUGAUGACACCGGGAAAGUUAAGCAUCACCAUUUCCAGGUUUCUGUAUUUGAUCACGUAGGGACACUUGAAGUAGCGGAGGAGAAGAAGGUCCUGGAUGGAGGGAAAUGCCAAGUGUCUCUGUCCUGCUCGGUCUCCAGAGGUGGUAACGUGAGCUAUGUGUGGUAUAGAGGGAAUGAGCUGAUCCAGACACCAAACAAUCUCGGCAAACUGGAGCAAGAGAUCGAGGUCGGUAACUUGAGCAUAGUCACCUGCAAUGUCAGCAACCCGGCCAGCUGGGUAAACCACACCUUCACCCACAGCUGCCAGAGCAUCGACAAGUGUAAGUGGCACACUUGGGACUAAUCGGGGCCGAAUAUGAAGGGUUGGACCCCAUAAUGAGUCUCAUGCCAGACAUCCUUGGCUAUGAAAGAUCCCUUGGCUGCCUCUUCAAGUGCCCUGCUGCCCCUCCGAGGGGUGGCCCUGGUCUUUGGGCACACGGUUCCCACAAGCCAGGCCUAUCCUAGUCUGGGAAGAAUUUUAUCCCCAUCAGGAAUCUGCUAGGAGAUGCGAGCUUUUCCUUCACGUAGGGAGUGCUUAGUUGUUUGGUGGGUCACAGCCCUGCCAUGGCUGCCAUCGUCACUUCCUUCCUCUGAGAGACUGAUGGAGACAUGCUUCCUCCUCCCAAGGACGGAUAGUUCCCCCAAGCCAUGUAGUUCCCCAAGAGGUGACUAUGGCAUAUGUACAGCAGUGCCCUGGGUCAUGGGAGCACGCGGAUGGUCACAAGAGUUCCUGGAAGAGUUCUUGGUUUAUUGCCUAUGCUCAUCCUAAGUGUUAUCUUGAGUUAGGUUUGCACCAUUAAA